AAAAAAAAAACGAUUAGUUUCUCACUAGCUAAAGAAAAAAGUGUUUGUAUGGCCUGCUGCAGAUUUUUAAAUCCGCAUUUAAUGAAAACGGUCGAUUUUCCCUCGUCGGUGUGGUUAAGUCGAGGCGAGGACAGAAUAAGAAACGCAAAUUUUGGUGCGCAGAACCAAACCAACUGCGAGUUAUAACAUGUAGGAUUUGUGUAUUUUAACAGUGUUUUGUGUUGAAUUGUUUGUUUGGGGGUAUUAUACAUCCGGGCAAUGUUAUGAAUUAACCUAAUAAAAAAAAAAAAAAAAAGAAUGUUAUGUUUUGUACAAUAUUUGUUUUUAGUUGUUUGCCAACAACCGUAACUUUCUUCAAAGCGCUUUUGUAAUGAAACGCGAUACUCUUUAACUGGAAGCAAGGUAACCAAACGCUGGUGUGACUGUCGGGUUUGGAAAGCGCACGGAAUCGCGCUGUCCGGUUAGGUUUGUAAGUUUUAUGACCUCAAUUUAUUUUAUUUUUUUUUAAGUAACGCCAGAUUUCAGCCUGAGCAACAUGUCCGAGCCUCGGGGUGCAGCCUUCGGGGUGGAAGCAGACGACCCGCCCGGGUGUCGUCCUGAUCGGGAGGCAGCCGACAUGUGGAACCCUGAUAAACUGCUGCAGUGUCCUUACGAUAAGAAUCACCUGAUCCGAGCGCUGAGGUUCCCUUACCAUCUCGUCAAGUGCAGCAAGAACCACCCAAAGCUGGCCCAGGAACUCAAGUCUUGCCCUUUCAACGCCCGUCACCUCCUCCCCAGAAGCGAGCUGAGUCACCACAUCGCCAACUGCGUGGACCGGUGCAUCAUCGGCGAGGACAGCUUGGUCGAGAACGCGCAUGACAAGAAGUGGCAAGUGCCCGUGAGCACAUGGCAAAACCCAAGCGUUGAAGAGGACUGGGAUGAAGAAGUGGAUAACUCCUCUUGCAAGCCGUUUGUCUGGGGUAUUGAUACAGUUUCUAUCCUAGAGAGCAGGCCUGAGCCUAGUGCAAGCAGCAGCUUGCCAGCAGGACUGCGAGUGCCCAGAACCCUGCCUUGGAAGAACUGUAAGUGUCGGUUUUAACACAAUGCAGGGUUCAGUCUCCUCUGGGUAUUCCUGAGGGAGCGUUUGCAUUGGCUCUCCUGCAGAGGAGGGAGGCUAAGCCACUGGUGUUACUGACCCCUACUGGCCCGGUGAGCUCGUAGCAGGCACCAGCAGGGGUCUUCAGUUCCCAGCAGCUUGCUGACCUCUGCUCUAGAACUCCCGGGUGUAAAGAGUUUGGUUUUGGUGCUGGGAGUGGAGGAUGCUCCUUGACCGUCGAUUUUUCCUGAGCUGUUGUGGGGGGUCUGCUGCACUGAGGGCACAUCAUUGGACAGUCUACGUUUGGGAUAAAAGGGGAGGUAAAAUUAACUGGGCACUCAAACAAGAAUAUUUGAUGCAGUGCAAUUCAUAGUGAAUGUAUUCUAAGCAUUCUGUGUGCUAAAACUUUACUUUUGUUUUUUAUAGGAGAGUUCUCUCUGGAAACAGCUGUUGGCAGUUCCCAUCCUGGUGUUUUGAGUUGUUAUUAUUAUUAGAUAUUGUAUUGUUUUAUGGUGUGUUAAGUAGCUAAACUGAACAACUCCUAGACUGAGUUGUUAUGUUUAAA